AUGCGCACCAGGGCCAUGAUCCGGCCCUCUGGCGUGUGGGUGCUACUGGGCUGCUGGCUCCUCUGUGGCUGGGCUCUGGGGGGCCCGAGGCCUCUCCACUCUCUGCCCCUGCUCCCUGGACCGGUGUCCACGUGGAUGCCCCCGCAGGGGAUCAGGGCAGCCCUGGCUUUUCUCUACUCCGGAGAUGCCCAGCAGCUGCUGAGGGCUAACUGCAGUCAGCGCUAUGAGGUUCCUGGCGUAGAAGCCAGGCCGGGACGCCCCCCAGUCCUACAGAGGGCAGCAGGGGCCCUGGCCCAGGCAGCCAAUCUUCUCAACGUGCUGCUGCAGGCCAACGACAUCCGAGAGGCCAGCGUGGAGGAGGACGCGGAGUGGUACCAGGCCCUGGUCCGCAGUGUGGCUGAGGGAGACCCCAGGGCCCGCCGGGUUCGGCUGACCUUUAACUCUCCACCAGGAGCCAGCAGCCCCCCGCUGGCCCUGCAGGCCACCCGCAUGGGGGCAGAGACGCUCCUGCAGCAGCUGGCCGGGAGCAGGGUGGGGGAGGCCAGCGCAGCCGAGGGCCCUGACGCUGCUGCCCUGCACAGGCGGGUGCUGACCAACGACCUGCGGAGCCUCGGCAGCCCCAAGUGGCCCCGGGGAGACGCGUACAUGGGAGACAUGCAGCAGGUGAGGCUGUCCCCUCCCUUCCUGGAUUGCCAGGAGGGGCAGCUCCGUCCUGGCUGGCUGGUCACACUCUCUGCCACCUUCUACGGACUCACACCAGACCUCAGCCCGGAGGUCAGGGGCCAGGUGCAGAUGGACGUGGACCUCCAGAGUGUGGAUAUCAAUCAGUGUGCCAACGGCCCAGGCUGGUUUUCUGACACACACCUGUGUGACCUCAACAGCACCCAGUGUGUUCCCCUGGAGGGUCGGGGUUUUGUCCUCGGCCACUACCUCUGUCGCUGCCGACCUGGAUUCUUCGGGGCCAGUGGCUCUGGGGGACCAGAGCAGGUUGCCUGGCAGACCCCCGGGCAAUUCAGGUCCCCGCAGGGCAAUGCAGGGCGGCUGCUGCAGUGUCAGCCGUGUCCCGAGGGCUGCACCAGCUGCAGGGAUGCUACGCCGUGCCUGGUGCAGGAGGCCCUGGUGCUGCGGGCCGUGGUGCUGGCCUGCCAGGCCUGCUGCAUGUUGGCCGUCUUCCUGAGCAUGCUGGUCUCCCACCGCUGCCGCCGGAACAAGAGGAUCCGGGUGUCUGGAGUGGUCCUGCUGGAAGCCAUCCUCUUCGGGUCCCUGCUUCUCUACUUCUCUGUCUUCAUCCUGUGCUUCAAGCCCAGCGUCUUCCGCUGCAUCGCUCUCCGCUGGGUCCGGCUGCUGGGUUUUGCCAUGGUCUACGGCACCAUAAUCCUCAAGCUUUACAGAGUGCUCGGGCUGUUCCUGUCCCGCGCGGCCCAGCGCGUGACCUCUGGGGUCCCCUUGGGCGGGUUGCCCUGCCCUGCACCCAGAGCCCUUGCGGGGCACAGGGCAGCAGGACGUGAGGUGCCCCGUCCCCCAGUGGAGGUGCUGCUGCUGUGCUGGGGCAACUUCCUGAGCUCCACCACCCGCGUGGUGCCCUCCGCCUUCCACGAGCCACGCUACUUGGGCCUCGCCCUGCGCAACGAGCUGCUGCUGUCCACCGCCUUCCAUUUGGCCAGGUUCAUGCUGGUCCCCUCCCUGCACCCGGACUGGACCCUCCUCCUCUUCUUCUUCCACACCCACAGCACAGUCACCACGACGCUAGCUCUGAUCUUUGUCCCUAAGCUCCAGAAGCCGGGGUUGCCGCCCCACGAGGAGAUCUUGGAGGAGGUGGACGAGGAUGAGCUGGACCUGCAGCGCUCGGGCUCCUACCUGGACAGCAGCAUCGCCUCGGCCUGGAGCGGGCGCAGCCUGGACCCUGGCGACAUUCGGGACGAGCUGAAGAAGCUGUAUGCCCAGCUAGAGGUCCGCAAGACCAAGGAGAUGGCUGCGAACAACCCGCACCUACCCAGGAAGCGGGGCAGCUCCCGCCAGAGGCUGGGCCGCUCCUUCAUGAGGUACCUGGUGGAGUUCCCCGAGGCCCUGGCCAGGCAGCACUCCCGGGACCCCGGCUGCCCAGGCCACAGCAACUUGCCUGGCUCCUCCUGCCAUAGGCUGCUCAGCUCCAGCCACCAGGACGCCCCCGACGGAGCCCUGCACCAGUCCCGCCGUGCCUACGACCAGCACCACAGGGAGCAGGAGCUGCCCCUCCUGGGCUCCAUGCUGCGAAGGACCCUGUCCAGGAAAGCCUCGAGGCCGGAGGGCUGGGAGCCCACCCCAGGGCUGCCCACCCUGGGUUUCCGCUCUGCCAGCGCCCACAACCUGACGGUGGGCGAGCGGCUGCCCCAGGCCUGGCCCGGCUUCCUGCACAAGUCACUGAGUGUCAUGGCGAGCAGCAGGGAGAAGGCCCUUCUGGUGGCCAGCCAGGCCUACCUGGAGGAGACUUACUGGCAGGUGAAGGAGAGACAGGAGCGACAGAGGGCGGAGGUGGCCACAGCCAGCCCGCUGCACAGGCCAUCGGCCAGGAGGCUGGGGCGGGCCUGGGGUGCCCCCCUGUCCGCUCCACCGUCCCCUGCCAAGGGCAGCAGUGUGGACAUCUCUCCGGCCUCUGGGAGGCUCCAGGACGGUGGCAGGAGGCUGCCCCACCCACCAGUCCGUCACCAGGUGUCCUCACCCAUCCUGGCCCUGUCUGGGGCCUGCCUGGCAGAGCCACACAGGCUGUCUCCCAGCUCUACCUUGGCCCCAACGCCCACCUAUGCCCCGGCACCGGUCCCAGCACCCUCCCAAAGCCCCAGCUUACUCACCUACAUUUGCCCCUGGGAGAAUGCAGAGCUGCCAGUCAAGAAAGAAACUGUGGCCCAGGAAGGCAUCCUGAGCAGACACUCACCUUCCCCGGCUCGAGCCAAGCUCUGGAGGGCCCUCUCCAUGGCGGUGGAGAAGAGGGUGGCCGGGGACAGUGAGGUGGACACCAAGGACAGGCGGCCGGAGCGGGGAGCGGAUGAUGGGGCUGAGGACCAGCCCGAGACAUUCUCAAAAUCCCACAGCCUCAAGACACCUGCGCAGCAGGGCUCCGUGCGCAGCCUGGGCCUGGCCAUCAAAGCGCUGACGCGGUCCCGCAGCACAUACAGGGAGACGGAGAAGGGCAGGGCUUCAGGAGCAGCUGUGGCUGGGGGCCCCCGGUCUCCCAGGCUGGGCCGGCCCAAGGCAGUGGUCAAGCAGGUGGCCCUGGAGCUCUGCGAGGAUGAGGAAUCGCUGCAGAACCAGCAGAACACUCACACUAGCAGGAUGCUCCAGGGCUGUCACCAGGAGCAGGGAAGGGAGCAAGAGGCCAGAGGCCUGAGGCUCUCCCAGGGCCCAGGCGAGCGCAGAGUGCAGAGGGCAGGGAAAACAGGGCUUGGGGGCAGAAGCACCGAGCAAGCCAAGGAAGCCCCAGUAAGGCAGCAGGAACCUCCCGAAAGUGGCCUGCUGCUGGGCAGUGCUGACCAUGGGGUGGCGUCAGACACGGGUGGGCGGGACAGCAACAAGGCCGAAAUCUGCCCCUGGGAGGUGGGCAAAGGGCGCCAGGGGACAAGUGCCCCAGGAGAGAGGGUACUCCCCUGGGAAGGGUGGAGGGCCCCCAAGAAAGCAGCCUCCUGGAGGGAACAGGAGCGGGGCGGAGGCCUGGAGUCUCUGUGUCCCUGGGAGAGCACAGACUUCCGGGGCCCCUCCGAGGCCCCCCUCCAGGCCUCGGGCAGCAGCACUGCCGAGGUGUGUCCGUGGGAGGCAGCAGAGGUCUGUCCCUGGGAGAGUGUGGACCCCGGCAGCUCACCCCCACCACCAGGUCCCCAAGACCCAGCGAGACACCCAGAGAGGCUGGGCACUGCAAGAAGCAGGGCUGCUAAGGUCUGUCCAUGGGAUGUGGAGGACGCCCUGACAGACGAGAAGGCACGGAUCUGUCCCUGGGAGGUGGGCGCCAGAGCAGGGCAGGAAAGGGCUCGGGGAGCUGAGGCCAUGAGGUCUUGUGCAGGUUCUGGGCCCGGAGAGACACAGUCGCCAGGGAGGCCGCCUGUGUGGGGGGAGGCGGCCUGUCCCCGGGAGACCUCGGGUCCGAGGGACUCCCGUCAGCGUGAGGACACCGAUGGGCCAAGCGUGGGACACCAGGACCAGGGCCUCCUAGGCUGCGGGCCAGCUGAUGUGUGUCCCUGGGAAGUGCAGGAGGCACCCGGCAGCGACAAAGCCAAGAUCUGUCCCUGGGAGGAGAAUGAAGGAGCUACUGGGAAGGGGCUCACGCAAGAGACGGGGAGCCGGGAAACUCCAGAAAAGGGGCGCUUUCACUCGCCAGGAGGUGGCGUGGCAAAACAGGAGGCCAAACUCCACCAAGAGCAGGAAGCUGUUUGUCCUCCAGGUGACCAGGACUCGAGGGCAUGGUCUGCUCCAGUCCCCAAGGCCUCAGACUUGGAAGUGAGGGUGGAAGGGACAGAGAAGGCGGAACAAACAAGACCCAAAGGCAGGCUCCUGCCCAAACAAGAGAGCCAGGGAACAGCUCCGGCUUCAAAAGCAGAAUCUGUGACUGAGGAUGGGGCAAGGACAAGCAAAGCACGACCGUCUAUCUGUGCAGGGGCCAGUGUGGCGCCACAGGGCUCUCUGUUCCACCCAGACAGCCGGCGCCCCGACCGACUGGAAGCCAACUCCCAGGCCCUGGGCAGUGGCAGGGGCAGCGUUGGCCCGGAUGUGUGUGAAGCUCCCAGCAGUGCCGAGGCUGAGAUCUGGCCCAGGGAGGCCAUGGAGAAAGUCCUUGAGAAAGGAGCAUCGAGUCAGGACAGAAAGGGAGACUCCCAAGAUGGAACAGGAAGAGCCCGGGGAAGACCAGCGCCCCAGCGGGUUCAGGAAACACCCGAGAUGGCAGACCGCAGGAAGCUGGAGGCCAUGCGUUCCGGGGACAGUGGAGACGGUGGCGGUCCUUCUGAAGGACGCAGAGGCAAAGCCGGGGCUGCAGGCCAGGUGGGGCUGGGGGCGGCAGAGGUGUUCUUGGGAGCCGGGGGAGGAGCAGGGGAAGGGACGCCAGCCCAAGGGGUGGCGGGAGGGUCCCAAGGGCAUGGAGAGGAGUUUCUCCUGAAGGCAGGAUCUGCGGGGGCUGAAGGAGACUUUGCAACAGCAGCGGUGACACAAGGCAGCGGGGGCACCAGAGCAGCAGAGCUCUGUCAGUGGGAAGUCACAGACCGAGGGAAUAAAGUGAGGGGCACUGUGGUGGACAUCCGUCCCUGGGCGGACACGGGAGCCCCACCCCAGGAACCCAGCCUCCAGGCUUUAAUAGUGGUUCAGACAGAGAAGGUCCCCAAGGCCCCAAGAAGUCACUAUGACUCUCAGCUUCACUCCAGAAGGCAAGAGCUCCCACCCCGAGGGGACCAAGAGGAGCAAGGCUGUUGGUCCUGCCGGUGCCCGGGAAGGAAUCAGGCAUUGGGAGGACCUUCGGGGCUCCGGCCAAGGACCACUGUCGCCCCGGAGCUCAGUGUCCAGGAAGCAGAGGCUCCGAAGUCUGUCUCCUUUGCUGAGGACCAUGGACAAGUGACUCUGGAAGCUCAGGACGAAGAUCUCGGAAAGCACAGGCCGGACCCUCUGCCUCCAAGGGCGCUGCCUCCCACCCUUCCAGAGUGCGAGGAGCCCCCAGUCUUCUCUGAGGUCUACGAAAGCAGUGCUGCGGAGAAGCAGCUGGACCACACCGGGGCCGUGGGCCACAGCAGGCUUCAGUCUCCACCCCUAGCUCAGCAAGAAGCCACCUACUCCAAGUGGAAAGAAAAACUGAGGAAAACGAAGGACUCAGGGUCAGUGCCUGAGGACACUGUCUCCUGGCUCUGA